UUGAUAGGUACUAGGUUUCUGAGGUUUUUGUGGACGAAUGCUUAGUGAAGAGCGUAGCGGGCAGUGGAGCUGAGCGUGGCGGCUCGCGGGAAUCUCUGCGGGAAUGUUGUGAAAUCUCCGGGAUUUGCGAGGUGCAAGGUAGGUUUGGCGCGCAAUGGAGACGAAAUCCUCUGGUGGAAUAGUGGCGAAAAGUGAGGCACACACGGAGGCCGAGUAUAGUGGCGAAGGGAAGGCAUUAAUCGGUAAGACAAUUACAAAGAAAGACACUCCUGGAACUGUGGAGGACUAUGAUUCCGAGACCAAACUUUACAAGGUGAGAUUCGAGGGCGACCAAACUGAGGAGAUUAAAUGGGAAGAACUACAGAAGUAUAUCCCACAAGAAAUCAUUUUCAAGAGAUUUUCUCAAAAGAAAAAAGAGCCUAGUGUUGACCAGCAAGAUAAACCAGGAGAACAGUCUACAAACUCUGAAGCAGCUACAGAUAGUGAGGAUGAUGUCAAGGCGAAGAAUAGUGAUUAUGAACGGGAAGCAAGGAUCCAGCAAGUAUCUAACGAGAACGCCAUCGUGAUCACGCAAGUCCAAGAAGUGCAAAGGAUGGAGAAGAUGGACAUGCUUGCGGACGUGGUGGUUCAGAGCAAACUCGAGGGGGUGGCGACGAAGAAAAGGCCACGUAAAUCCGCUGCUCCCGUGAAGCUGCAACAAGAGGUUGACGCAAUCAGUAGUGGCGAGGAAGCGGAUGAAGAGGACGAAGAGGAUGACGAGGAAAGCCAUGACGAAGAUAGCGAGAGCCUAGACAGUUUAAGCGAGGACGGAUCAGAAGACGAGCCAGAGAUCGACAGUGAAGACGAGGACGACGACGAAGAGGAUGAAGAGCGGGAUAGGAAAGACGGAGUCGACGACGACAGUGAUUGCAGCUUGAACGAGAGCGAUCUGGAGAGGCUGAGAAAGAAGCCCAAGAAGAAACGAAAGCACGUCUUGACGCUGCAGAGGUGGAGGGGCUACAAGAAGAAGCGCAGGCUCGCGAAACAGGAGGGAUCCGAUGGCACCCUGGCGAUCAAGCGGCAGAAGAGACCCAAGAAGCCGACUCCAGUGGACGAGGUUACGAGGCGGCGUCAGGUCGUCGCAGCGGAGCUCAAGAGGAAACUCAAGGAGAGCUCUGCGAAUCUCAAGCGGAAGAAGAAGAAGAAGAAGACCGUGGCUGUGGAGUCUAUUGUGGAGCCAAGCCUGGUGGAGCUGAGUCCGGCAAAGCUAGCUCUUCCGGAACCACCCGAGGUGCUGGAGUCGCCGGAGCCGGCUCCAAAAUCUCUCGAGGUUGCUACUCCCUCCACAGCGAUUACUUCUACGAACUUAAACGCGAGCGAGAGCAAGCCAUCGCCGUUCGACCGGGGAAUCAAGCUCCGGGGACGCAAGCUGAGGAAGAGAUUCAAUGGAAGAGUCUUUCGCGGCGAAGUUGCGGACUACGACAGAAGGAACCGACGCUACAAGGUCCGAUACGAAGAUGGCGACGAGGAGCAGCUAAUGUGGAAGGACGUGGGGCCGCUGCUGGUGCCAUUCGAGGAGCUGCAUACGUGGGACGAUCCAAACUAUCAGCCGCAGCAAACGCGAGUUAUAAGCUCGGAGCUCCUUGCAGUGGAGAAGAAGGCCAGGGAGGAGAAGCUAAAGCUUCCAAAACUCAAGCCUCAAGUCGUCAAGAAAGAGCGGAAGGAACGUUGAAACAGGUGAUCCAAAGGUCGUCCAAAGGUCGUCAACGCACAUCAGCUGCAAAAUUUUAACUUGAAUUCAUUACGUUGUAGCACGUGGUGUAGAGA